AAAUAAGAUACAGAUACUAUUUUUUGUUUUUGUUUUUGUUCAUAAUUGAAAUUUUUGCGUUGCGCGAUUUUAUUUAUUUACCUCCGUCCGCCAGCUCGAAGCGCGCGCGUUAUGUAAGCCAAAUUCGAAAGUAAAACGAGUGCAAACAAUGCGAAAACUAAUGCAGUCCGUCAACGCAUAGGAAAGUCAAGGUCGUUGCUAGCUACCAACAAAAAAAAACGCCACCCCAUCCCCCCUCCAUCAUUACUGGGCCUGGUUGCAAUGUAGGCGAGAAAGCGAACAGCGAAUUGCCAGUAGUCGAACUAACUAACACACAUACAAUCAAUUGAAAUGGACAACUGGUGGAUGUACAGCUCGGAAGUGGGCGCCACUUGUCCAAAGGAGGAGGCCAAUGCGACCUCACCGAAUGGAGGGCAUUGGAAAGAGCUGUGGCUUGCCAACUGGCUGCUAAUUAGCCAGAGCUUUGCCCACUACUAUCAGCUGUUCUCAAUCUAUGCCAGCAUAGUGGGCCAACUGCUUCGUCACAUUAUCAACACACUGUCGCAGGACGAAGUCUUUGUGUAUGGACUGCAAUUUUGCCUGCUGCUGCUCUUCCUCUAUCUCAUGCACCAACUGAGGCCGGGCAGCAGUGCAGCAGCUGCAGCAGCAGCAGCAGCACAAGCAGAGGAAAGUGUGAUCAAUGCAACGGCAGCAACAACGACAACGCCGGCUGUGACAAAAGAGCUGAGCUGUGAUUUCAAUUAUGUGUCCGAGCAGGAGAAGCGUGCCGCCCAGGAGGCGGCCAGCGAGGCCAUGCUCGAGGUGGAGGAGAAAAGACGUCGCAAGCGAUUCACCAAGAAACGCAAUUGCGUCUCGGCUGGACCCGUACUCAUCGCCCUCCGCAAGCAAUCACAGCGGCCCAAAAGACAUCGAAGACCAGCAUUGAACUUUGAGCCACUGUCGCCCAGAGAACGAAUAGUGGAGAAUCCUCUGGUGCCUAGGGACAAACCCUUGACGAUUAAUCUGCCGCCCACAGUUCUUCACCAACAACCUGUGGGAGCAACUGGAGCAACGGCAAUGACCUCUGCACCUGUGAAGGUGUCGGAACCGGAGGAAGUGGAUCUGGUUGCACUAAUCUCGGAGCCACGCGGCACGCUGAGCACCACAGAUGAAAUCUAUCCAGACUCUCCGGAUAGCAGCCUCUACGGCUCCGAUGAGGAGCAGGAGGAUGCCUCACAGUAUUGCCGUGGUGGCUAUCAUCCGGUGGUCAUUGGCGAUAUAUUCGACAAUCGGUUUCGUGUUGUGCGCAAACUUGGCUGGGGUCACUUUUCCACCGUUUGGCUAUGUCGAGAUCUAAAGGAUGAGAAGUAUGUGGCCCUGAAGGUGGUGAAGAGUGCACCGCAUUAUAUAGAAACGGCAGCGGAUGAGAUUCGUCUGCUGGAGGCCAUACGGGAUGCAGAUCCCCUCGAUGUGAAGCGGGAAAGGAUCGUUCGAUUAAUGAAUCACUUUACGGUGCGUGGUGUGAAUGGUGUGCACACCUGCCUGGUCUUCGAGGCACUGGGCUGCAGUCUGUACAAGCUGAUCGUGAAGAACAACUAUCAGGGACUGGCCAUUGCCCAGGUGCGCAAUAUCAUUAAGCAGGUGCUGGAGGGCUUGGACUAUUUGCACAGCAAAUGCAGCAUUAUUCACACGGACGUCAAGCCCGAGAACAUUCUGCUGGUCAUCGACAAUGCGGCGGCAAUGAAUCAACAGAUCGAUGAUGAGAUCAACAGUCUGCGUGUGAAGGGCGCCGACUUUCCCGAUUCAUAUAUCAGCUCGAUUGAGAAGCAAACGAAGACGCGGGCCAAGUGGCCGCUGAUCGAACCGAAUGGCUCGACGACGAACACCAGCAACAGUACAGCGAACAACUCGACAUCAUCGACGCCGUUGGCCGCUGUGGUCAUGUCCUCGCUGGAUAAGGACGACACAACCACCUCGUCGACGCUCAACUCGAAUACCACCUCGUCGCUGGCAUCCAAAUACUCCAGUCUGCUGGGCGAUAGCGAGUGCAAUGGCGUUGGUCUGCUCGGCGUUGGCAGCGUUGAUAGUCCAAUUAUCGGUGGUACUACGAAUUUAAGCAAUCGUUAUCGUGCUGAGAAGAAAAUCACUGCCAAGUCUUCUAUUGACCGCGAUGAGGACACAGAUACCGACACCCUCGGUGACAAUAGCACCAUUGCCAGCGACACACCUACCGAGCACGACGUUAGUCUCAGUGCAAAUCCGGAAAAGCAGCUGCCCAAUGCCAUAGUCAGCAACUCCAAUACCAAUACCAACACCAAUACCAAUACCACUACCAACUCCUGCUCCACCCACACCACUGUUAACUCGAAUACUCAAAGCACGUGCACGUCAACGACACAACAGAACAACAGCAACAACAUACCUACGGCCGAUGGCAACAAUGGCCCCAUCCACAGCCAACAGAACACCUCAGCUAGAUUUGAUACCACAUCCACAUCAUCAGUCCCUGUCUCCGCCUCCGCCUCCGCCUAUGCCACUGCCACUGCCAAUGCCAAUGCACCACCUACAGCCCCCAGCAGCACUACCAGCACGUGCACGUACUCGUUCACGCAUCUCGUGGCAACAACAACAACUGCAACUACAACUCCAACAUCAACAACAACAACAUUACCAACAAUUGCAAGCACAGACCUGUUUCACAAUAAUAGCAACACUGGCAGUUGUGACAACAGAACCUCAUCAUCAACAAUAACAACAACAACAGCUACAACAGCAGCCAUCGCGUCUUCAAUUAAUGCAACAACAACAACAACCACAACAUCAACAACAAUCGCUAAACUUAAUGUCAAUGCCAAUGCCAUUCCUUCGCAGAACCAGAGCCAGAGUCAAAGUCAAUCCUAUACGCACACGAUACAAUCGCUCAUCAACAACAGCAACGUGAGGGUAAAGAUCGCCGAUCUGGGAAACGCAUGCUACGAUUAUCAUCACUUCACCGAGGAUAUACAGACGCGACAGUAUCGCUCCAUUGAAGUGCUGCUGGGUGCGCCAUAUAACUAUACCGCCGAUAUCUGGAGCACAGCAUGCCUGGCCUUCGAGUUGGCCACCGGUGACUAUCUGUUCGAUCCGCAUGCGGGAGAAUCAUACAGCCGCGACGAGGAUCAUCUGGCGCACAUUGUGGAGUUGCUCGGCUCGAUACCGCAGUCGGUGAUAUUGCGUGGCAAGCACGGUCUCAAGUACUUCACAAGCUAUGGCAGCCUACGCAACAUUACCAAACUGAAGCCUUGGAGUUUGCUGAACGUGCUUGUGGAGAAGUACGAUUGGGAUCCCGUGGAAGCCAAGAAGUUCUCAGACUUUUUGCUGCCAAUGCUCGAGUACAAUCCGGUUAUACGGGCAUCGGCAGCAGAGUGCCUGCAGCAUCCUUGGCUGGAGCAGGAGGAGUUCGUCUAGCACACUUAAGUGACAACACAGUGGAACAGGAUCCAACAGGCAGAAUCGGACACAUCCGUACUUACUGGAACUCAUAAUUGUAAGCUUUUAUAUGCGAACAAAAUUGUCAUAGUGGAAUUAAUAUUACGAUCUAUGUAUAUGUAUAUUAUGCUAAAUUAGCGUUUAAGCCAGUGCGCAAAAACCAAACACAACAAAUUUCAAUGCAAGUAAGGCAAAUAAGGAGUUUUCGAAGCUUUUUAAAAUUAACACGAUUUUGUACUCGAGAGCUUUAAAAACGUUGAGCAAACAAUGCGAUUUUAAUUAUUUUUGACAAAGAAAAGCAAAAGCAUUAAACAACAAAACACAUUAAAAAUAAAAAAUUUAACUUAUGUUUUUUAUUUGAAUUUCAUGUAUAUUUUUUGUAUUGCGAUAACAAAAAAGACAAUGACGACAAUUUUUAAGUCAACAGAUGCCUAAACUGACUGACUGAUUGCAACAAAAAAAUAAAAAAUAAAAUAAUAAUAAUAAAAUAAAAUAAAAUGCAAAGUAAAAGUAAAAACUCUAAAAUAAUCUUUUCGAACCGAAACUAAAGCUAAACCAAAUUUAAGAAUUAGUAAAAUAUUGAGAAUCACGUUAAUAAUAUAAUAUGUGUACUAUAAUUAAUGACAUAUUUAAAUGUAGAUAACUAACGACAUUGUUACGAUAAAAUACAGCCAGCUUUCUAGCAGCAAGUAGUGAUUGUGGUAUAUUUAACCAAAAAUAUUGUAGGACUUCAGCCGAAUACAAUUGUGUGUUUAAUUGGUUUCACAUUGGUCGUAGAAAAUUA